AUGACCGACGCAAACAUCGCCGCCGAAGGAGCGACGAUACCCGCGGGCGUAUACCACGAGAAGCAAACGCUCAUGCGUUGCGGGCUACAUUCCGUCAACAACAUGCUUCAGCGCAAGGCCUUCGACGUGAGCGAUUUCGACACCAUCGCAAGGUCCCUCGUACAGGUGCAGAACGAUGCUAGGUGGAGCUUCAAUCCGCACCAAACCGUUCUCGGAAUCGGCAACUAUGGCGUGGAAGUAUUGAUAGCGGCCCUUCUUCGCCACGGAUAUUCGACAUGCUACUUUGACCGACGCAAGGCGACGGACACGAUUGACUUGGUCGUCGCCGUGGAUGGACUUCUCUGCAACGUCCCCAGCAGCAGCAUGAUGGGGCUAUGGCAGUCUCGCCACUGGUUUACCAUUCGGCAGGUGCAUGGUGUGUAUUACAAUCUCGAUUCCAAGCUCCCCGCUCCCUUGGUACAAGAACAACGCAUGCACGCACUACUGCCAUCACGAAUGAACCUUUCCCCAUGUACAUAG